AUGACUAUCAACCAAAAUGGCUCUGUAAACGGCUCCUUGGAGAGCCAGUUUGCCUCGAUGGGACUGGAGCGAGCAGCUUACGUUCCUCCCCACUUACGUGCUCGCGCAGCCAACGAUUCAACUCCGAGCAACGGCUGGUCCGAUUCUGGUAGUGCGAACUCUCGGCCCCGCUCUGACAACUUUGGAGGCCAUCGUUCAAGCGGUGGAAGCUCCUGGGCUCCUCGCGGUGGUUCUGCCAGCGGAGGGCGUUCAGCAAACUCUACUUGGGGAUCCAAUCCCUCACACGGUAGUGGUGGCGGUGGUGGCGGCGGACGUCGUAACGAUGGCUAUGGCUAUUGGAAAGACGGCAAGCAUGUCAUCGCUUCUCGUAACCCCACUAUGGAACGUGAACUUUACGGCGACGCCGACGACCCAUUGAAGCAACACACCGGUAUUAACUUUGACAAAUACGAAGACAUUCCUGUCGAAGCGACUGGAGCCGGCGUGCCUGAACCAGUCAAUCAAUUUACCAACCCACCUCUCGACCCUGUGCUCUUGGAGAACAUUCAGUACGCUCGUUAUACUACGCCAACCCCGGUUCAGAAGUACUCUGUUCCUAUCGUCGCCGCUGGCCGCGACCUGAUGGCUUGCGCACAAACCGGCUCCGGCAAGACCGCCGGGUUUUUGUUCCCUAUUCUCUCUGCAUCGUUCGCGGCUGGCCCACGCCCGCCCCCAGCCGACCCCAACCCCGGCUAUGGUCGACGUCGCGCGUAUCCGACCGCUUUAAUUCUCGCUCCAACCCGUGAGCUUGUUAGUCAAAUCCAUGACGAGGCCCGCAAGUUUGCCUAUCGCUCUUGGGUACGCCCUGCCGUGGUCUACGGUGGUGCCGAUAUCAAUCAACAACUCCGUCAAAUUGAACGUGGAUGCGAUCUUCUCAGUGCUACCCCCGGCCGUCUCGUCGAUCUAAUCGAACGUGGUCGGAUCAGUCUUGCAAACGUUCAGUACCUCGUCCUUGAUGAGGCUGAUCGGAUGCUGGACAUGGGCUUCGAGCCCCAGAUCCGACGCAUCGUCCAAGGGGAAGAUAUGCCAGGCGUGAUGGACCGUCAAACGCUCAUGUUCAGCGCUACUUUCCCGCGAGACAUUCAACUGCUUGCAAAAGACUUCCUCAAGGAGUAUAUCUUCCUGUCUGUCGGGCGUGUUGGUUCUACCUCCGAAAAUAUCACUCAAAAGAUCGAGUAUGUUGAGGAUCAAGAUAAGCGUUCUGUUUUACUCGAUAUCCUUCAUUCGGAACCGCAGGGUGGUUUGACGCUUGUGUUUGUGGAAACUAAGCGCAUGGCCGAUAUGCUAUCGGAGUAUCUCAUGAACAACCGUUUUCCCGCUACAUCAAUUCAUGGCGAUCGUACGCAACGCGAGCGUGAGUUGGCGCUAAGCACCUUCCGUUCUGGGCGCACUCCGAUCAUGGUUGCAACGGCUGUUGCUGCCCGUGGGCUUGAUAUCCCCAACGUCACACACGUUGUCAACUACGACCUUCCCUCCGAUAUUGACGACUAUGUCCAUCGUAUUGGUCGUACUGGACGCGCGGGUAAUGUAGGAACAUCCACUGCAUUCUUCAACCGUGGUAACAAGAACAUUGUUCGCGAGUUGAUUGGAUUGCUACGGGAAGCCAACCAAGAAGUACCUGGCUGGCUUGACAGUAUUGCAGCAGAGUCAGCCUUCGGCGGUGGCGGACGUGGCGGACGAGGUGGUGGACGCGGUGGACGCGGCGGCGGAAACCGAGAUUACCGUACUUCUGGUGGCGGUGGAGGGGGAGGAGGAGGAUUCGGUGGAGGAAUGAGAUCGGGUGGUGGUCGCGGCGGUUACUCCAACGGGCCCAGCUACUCUGGUGGAGGUGGCUACGGGGGUGGAGGUGGAGGCUGGUCCAACGGGAACUCUGGCGGAGGUGGAGGUUGGUGGUAA